CUGAUGCAUCACUCUACAAUUUUACUUUUCACAAACUCUCCUCACAGACCUAGGGGAACUCGUUCCAGGCACUUUCUCUUUUGCCCAGUUAUCUAAUCCACUAUGUCCACGAUGGUAUCAACAGUGACACUGGAGAACGGGCUGCAGGUCCCCGUUGCGGAGCUGACCACCAUUGACCUGGCUUUGCUCGAGGCGGGCAGCUCUACCGAGAUCGAGAAGAUGGCGAAGGAGGCUAGGGAUAUCGGCUUCUUCUUUCUUGAUCUGAAGAACAGUCCAUCUGCGCAGAGAAUUCUUGACAGUCUGCCCCUACUUUACGCUCGAAGUGAGGUUUAUUUCGAUCAGGACAAACAGGUGAAGCAGAUGGACGCGAGAUACGAUCAGAGCCCUUCUCAGGACCGAGGGUAUAAGUCCAGUGAGUGCGAUGAAACCUUUGAGAUGGCAUUUGACGAGCUUGUCGUCAAUGGAGGAAGCCUAAAACUUCCUGGUGUUUUGCAGGACAUCCAAGCUUCGCUCGCCCAAUUCUCUAAUCUCUGUCACGCGGCAUGUUUGACCAUGCUCAAUGGCCUAUCAGAAUCACUGCAUGCGCAAGGUGCGGAGGGACUCGAGAUGCAUCACCGCCACGGACAUCCCAGCGACAGCGGACUAAAACUCAUCUACGAACCAAGCCUGGCGCGGGUAGCGGACGUGAAAGAGAAUCGCCAUACGGAUAGCGGCACGCUGACGAUGCUCUUCUACGAGGAAUGGGGUCUUCAUGUCAACUUAAAGGGCUCUGACGAGUGGGCCUUUGCUUCAGUCACUCGGGGCUCCGUCCUGGUCAACGUUGCGAACUCGCUGCAGCGGCUAUCCGGUGGAACUUUCCACUCGCCGAUUCACCGCGUGACGCAGCCGGGUGACGGAUUCUCCAAACGCUACUAUCUGUCUUACUUCUUGCGCCCCGAGGAUGAGCUGAAAGCCGAGUGGGCAAGGACGUCCUAAAUCGGCUUGGCCUAUACGUUCUGGUUAGUCUUUCAAGGCUGUUGGGGGGUUGCUGGCUGCUCAGUCGCUAUUUUCACGAGUUCGAUUAAUACAUGCUGAAAAUCAAUACUUACCUGUAGACUUUUCUAGCCACGUAUGAAACCUUACUCUAUCUGUGAAGUUAUUGAGUUGCAUGGUUCUUAUCAAGAGGUUGCCUUGAGAAAUAGCGCUUGCCAACAUGCCAAACUAU